AUGGCGAAGGCCAAGCGCUGGGCGGAUGCGCUCUCGCUCCUGAGCCGGAUGAGGGCGGCAGGCGUCGCUCCGAACACGCACUGCUACUCCAACGCCAUCCUGGCGUGCUGCCGUUGCGGGGAAUACCACCACGCCCCCCUUUUGCGCAGGGAGAUGGCUGUGGCCGGCGUUCCGCAGACGCUGACGUGCUACCGCCUCGAGCUGGAGCAUUUCGGCAACAAAGGACGGUGGGGCUCGGCCCUGCGGCUGCUGUCCGAGUUGAAAGAGGCCGGCCUCACCCCGGACGCGAAGGUGUACAACGGAGUGCUCGACGCGUUCGCGCAGUCGAAGGAAUGGGCAAGGGCCAAGGACGUCCUGCGAGAGAUGGCGAGCGCCGGGCACGAGCUCCACGCCCGGAGCUACCGAGGGGUUAUCGUCUCCGCCGCCAACGCGGGGGAGUGGCGCGUGGCCUGGCGAACCUUCCGCGAGAUGAACGCCCUGGGCGUGGAGAGGAGCUCGCGCAGCCCCGCGAUCUUCAACUCGGUGACGGCCGCGUGUGGGGCGGCCGGAAGAUGGGAAGAGGCGUUGGUCGCCCUCCGGCUGACCGCGCGGGGAGGCAUGGCGCCGACCUUCAUCGCGUACAACGCGACGCUGGGGGCGCUCGGCAAAGCCGGGCAGUGGAAGCACGCACGGCGGCUGCUGAAAGACAUGCAGCAGCGGGCGUCGUCGCCGUCCACGGGGGGAGGGGACAGCAGCGACAGCAAUCCCGGACUGAGGGAAAGACGGGCGCGGGGCUUGGCUAGGACAUCACCGCGGGAGGAGCGUCUCCGACCCCCCGACGUCUACAGCUACACCUCGGUGAUCGAUGCCUGCGCCAAGUCCGGGGAGCGCGACCGCGCCCUGAAGGUCCUCGAGGACAUGCGCCGCGCGCAGGUGCACCCCAGCCUGGUGACCUAUAACACCCUCAUCCUGGCAUGCGGCGCCGGCGACUCCGAGACGCCGCUGGGCGGCAGCGAUUGGCGGCGCGCCCUCUCGUUCGUGGAGGAGAUGGUCAGCUCCGAGGUGAAGCCGGACGUCUACACGCUCACCGCGGCGGUGGCCGCGUGCGAGGCGGGCGGGGAGUGGGGCGAGGCGGCGGCGUACCUGAAGGGGCUGCGGGGGGGCGCGGGGAAGGACCGGUGGGCCCGGAACGGGGUGGUGGCGCAGCUGACGAUCCUCGCCUGCGGCAAGGCGAACGACUGGAAGGGCGGCCUGCAGGUGGUGAGGGAGAUGGAGAGGCUGGGAGUUCGACCGAAGGUGGACGUCUUCAACGCCCUGAUCGAGGCCCUUGGCGUGGGACCGCAACAGCCAAAACGGGACCGGCGACUGCACUGCGUCUAG